AUGGAUUUGAGAAAUAUCUCAUCUAUUGAUCUAUCUAUCUAUCUAUCUAUCUAUCUAUCUAUCUAUGCCAAUAAAUCAUCUUUGGUCUAUCUAUCUAUCUAUCUAUCUAUCUAUCUAUCUAUCUAUCUAUCUAUCUAUGCCAUAAUAUAUUUAAUAUAUAUAUAUAUAUAUCUAUCUAUCUAUAUCUAUCUAUCUAUCUAUCUAUCUAUCAGUGAAUUCUUUAUAUAUUUAUUUGUCGCUCUAAAGUUAUUUGCACCAAGGUUAGCAGAAUUUCAUGAGAGAAUCUGGCAACCAGGAGAGGAAGAAAAGAAUGAAUCAUCCCUUCCACAGCCGCUUAUAGAUUUAUUGAUGAACAAGGAUGAAGAUCCAGAGAGACGAGUACGAGCAGCUUUUGCUGAGAUUCCAUUCAAAGGUUGGCGAAGAGCUGAAUAUGUGAUUAAAAUUCUAGACAACCACCUGGAAAAUGUAGACAACUGUGAAGUUAUAGAUGUUGUAGAUGUUGUACAAAAUUCCAACAGCUUUGAAAAUGCUGUUGAACAGCUUACAAUUGUGUGUAACUUGUGCCUGAAUCAGUUUCCACAGGGAAAGAUUAUGACACUGAGCUUCUGCAACUGUAAAUUCUGUCAAGAAUGUUUUCUUCAAAAUUUUAAAAUCAGAAUCCGAGAAGAACCUGUUCGGAGAUGGACCUGUCCCACUUGUAGCCUUCCAGAACUAAAUGAUGAAGAAACAGUAACAAAUUAUUUUGCAUUUCUGAAUUUACAGUUAAAACAAGUCAUUGAUGAAGACACAUUCAAUCUUUAUGAAACAAAAUUAAGGGAUUGGCAUCUGCAUAAAGACCCUAAUUUCCGUUGGUGUCCUUCAUGUGAAAACGGUUUCCUUUACCAUGCCGAUGGAUUAAAGAUGAACUGCCCACAUUGCAACAGGGCUACAUGUUUCAAAUGCAUGAAACCGUGGCAAGAUCAACACCAAAGGCUUUCAUGUGAAAAGUUCAAUGAAUGGUUGAUUGCAAAUGAUCCGAAUAACCAAGCAUUUGGCCUUAAAUUGAUCCUUAAGAAAAAUGGAAUUGGUGAGCAUUCCCAGUUUUCUCCUUCUUUCGUUCUCUGUUUCACACUUACAAAUUUUGGAAGAUCCCCCCUCCUUCGAGAGGAGUCAUUAUAUGAUGUCAGUCUUCCUGACAUCUCCCUCAAUUGCUCAUUCUGUCUUCACAAUUACAAUUUUCUUUCUCAGAGAAAUUUUGGUUAA